CAGAAACAGAACGUGAUUGGUUCAAGAACAUUUCAGUCAUACGAGAAACAGACGGGUACCCAAGACAGCAGAGUUGCGCGUGUGCCUUCCCAGGUCCUGGCAGCACCAUCAGGCUGGGAGGUGAGGACGCUGGCCGCCGUUUUUAUGACUGCAAGGAACACUGGGUGUUUUGAUUUUGAUUUCUUCCUCACUGGAUACAUAUGUACAAGCUGUUAAAAGCGCGAAGACGGCACGCGGGUGAACGCGCGCAACGACAUCGAUGGGGAAAAUAAGUUGAUCGCCUUCGGAAGAAUGUUUUCCUCGUUCCAGGAAAAGGGAUUGCUCAGUUGAUCAGCGUGAUGGGUGGUUCGAGAAUAGAGGGGCUUGGGGGAUUUUGACAUUUGGAGAAGAUCUGGAGAUAUCCAUCUACAGUUUAGGUCUUUUCGAGAGCAACAUAAAGCAGCAACAACUGCACAGAGCGCCAUACUGCAAAAACUAGCGCUUCCCGGAUCGAUACAGUGUAGCAAUCUCCUGCGCGAGUUUGUUUUUUUUUUUUUUUUCUUCUUCUUCUUCUUCUUCAUGCGGAAGAAUUUAAAAUUCUUAUUUAGAUUCAUCUGAAAUUGAAACAAGUAAGCUGGCGAGCAAGUAUAGAGUCGGCAACGGUGGCCUUACUGAGAUCCGCGUAACUUCUGCAAGCUGCAUACAGUCCUGGCGGUGGAAACAGGGCUGGAAAUCAGCCCAAAAUGGCAAAUAUGAAGAAAUCUAAAAGAUUAAUAUUGCAUUUCCCACGUAACUUGUACUAUUAGCGGAUUACCUUUGCCAUACAUGCCCGAGUUUCGAGUGAAGCAAGGUGCUUACUUGUUCCUCCAACAUGAGGGAGAUUUAAGGCCGUGUAGAAUUUAUUUAUUAUGGGGGGAGUGGGCUUUCUUUUCGGUCGCAUUAACAUUUUGAUUUAACCCCUCUCUCGUUUUUACUUUUGUUUUGUUUUCUCUUCACGAGAGGUUUCUUGAAUGCGCGCGAUUGCUAUUUAUUUGCUAGUCUAAAACGAAUAAAAAAGAAAGAUCCUCGGAAGUAGGUCAGAUCAAAGAAAAAGAUAAAGCUUGAGAGUUAGCUAAAUUAUCUUUCUCAUGUUAGUAUGAUACAUUUUCACACUCAUUCUGAUAUGUGUCGGACAUUUCUGCUCUGAUUUACACGUCGUUUGGCUACAUGACAGCCAAAUGAGAGUUUGACCACCACUGCCGCUUAUCCUAAACAGCCUUUUUGUAGUCCCUCUUUGUUUUGUUUUUGUUUUCCCACCUCUCAUUUUUGGGCUGUUGAGUGAGUGAAUGGCUCUGUGUGGAACGACGGCUUCCAAUGCCGCGAAAAUGAUGGCCGCUUAUAACGGCGGAGGCACCUCGGCAGUGGCAACGCAUCACCCGCACCAUCACCACCAGCUAGCCCAUCUCCCGCCACCCGCCCACCUCCAUCACCAUCACCACCCGGGCCAGCAUCACCUCCAGCACCCCGGCUCGGCCGCCGCCGUACACCCCGUACAGCAGCACGCUUCCACGGCCGCUGCUGCUGCCGCGGCGGCGGCGGUGAUGCUGAACCCGAACCAGCAGCAGCCGUACUUCCCCUCGCCCGCUCCUGGACAAGCUCCGGGGCCGGCAGCUGCUGCGGCUCCGGCGCAAGUUCAAGCUGCCGCUGUGAAGGCGCAUCAUCACCACCACCAACACUCGCAUCACUUGCAGCAACAGCUGGAUAUUGAGCCAGACAGACCUAUCGGAUACGGAGCUUUCGGUGUUGUUUGGUCAGUGACGGACCCCAGAGAUGGCAAACGAGUGGCCCUUAAAAAGAUGCCCAACGUCUUCCAAAACCUCGUCUCCUGCAAGAGAGUUUUCCGUGAGCUGAAGAUGCUCUGUUUCUUCAAGCAUGACAAUGUGCUGUCAGCUCUGGAUAUUCUGCAACCUCCACACAUCGACUAUUUCGAGGAAAUUUAUGUGGUGACGGAGCUGAUGCAGAGUGACCUCCAUAAGAUCAUCGUGUCUCCACAGCCCCUGAGCUCUGACCACGUUAAAGUCUUUCUCUACCAGAUCCUCAGAGGAUUGAAGUAUCUACACUCAGCUGGCAUUUUGCACAGAGACAUUAAACCUGGCAACUUACUGGUCAACAGCAACUGUGUACUUAAGAUUUGUGACUUUGGCUUGGCGAGAGUGGAGGAGCUGGACGAGUCACGUCACAUGACCCAGGAGGUGGUGACGCAGUACUACCGAGCGCCAGAGAUCCUGAUGGGGAGCAGGCACUAUACCAACGCCAUCGACAUCUGGUCUGUGGGCUGCAUCUUUGCCGAGCUGCUUGGCCGACGCAUCCUCUUCCAGGCCCAGAGUCCCAUCCAACAGCUGGACUUGAUCACAGAUCUGUUGGGGACGCCGUCUCUGGAGGCCAUGAGGACGGCGUGUGAGGGGGCUAGAGCUCACAUCCUGAGAGGCCCCCACAAACAGCCCUCACUUCCUGUCCUGUAUACCCUGUCCAGUCAAGCAACCCAUGAGGCUGUUCACCUCCUCUGCAGGAUGCUGGUCUUUGACCCAUUGAAGCGGAUCUCUGCAAAGGACGCCCUGGCACACCCGUAUCUGGAUGAGGGGCGUCUGCGCUACCACACCUGCAUGUGCAAAUGCUGCUACACCACGUCUUCUGGCCGCGUCUACACCAAUGACUUCGAGCCCAUCACCAACCCCAAGUUUGACGACGGCUUCGAGAAAAAUCUGACGUCAGUACGGCAAGUCAAAGAGAUCAUUCAUCAGUUCAUCCUGGAGCAGCAGAAGGGGAAUCGGGUACCGCUCUGUAUCAACCCCCAGUCUGCUGCCUUCAAAAGCUUUAUCAGCUCGACAGUAGCUCAGCCCUCUGAGAUGCCUCCAUCUCCUCUGGUUUGGGAGUAGCUGAGUAUGGCCAUAAAGAUGAUGUCGAAAAUAACAGUGGUAGUGGACACCCCUCCCGCGCCCACACCCCCUGGACUACUGACCCACAGGCCUCCCCAAACCUGCGUAGCAUUUCACUGGAGUCUAGGACUAGCCAUGACGCUGAUGUGUGUGUGUACUGUAAGACUUAGAAAAUUCAGUUUUAUCAAAGCAACCACUGCUGAUCGAAUUCAAAGCGGGACACGGGAAGGGUGGGGGUGAUCUCGGGGUGGUUUGUCCGUACAGUAGAAGCAUACCCACUGCUCUGUAGUUGUAUACUGAAGGUUUGUUAAGAUGCACACUUACAAACCCAUACCCUAAGCAGACGAAGUCGACCCCUGUGGACUUGAAUGUAUUUUAAACACCAGGGCGGCAACCUCUGCACGGCAUUUCUGAAGGAAAACGCAUCACUUCUGAGUGUGUGCGUGAGUAAGCAUGCUUUAUUUAUUAAUGGAAAGAGGAAGCCGCGUGCAGUGCUUCAUGUAGAAUGGAAAAGAAGGCGACUUUCUCUGCUUCUCUCUCUUUUUCACUCACGCUAGCACCUUACUAAGAACUGUGACCACUCGUUCAGCUAGAGUGAGUGCAUUUAUUUCCUUUAACAGUAGUGUGAAUGUUGAUUUUAUGAUUUCCUUCCAUUUUCACUUUUGUCUAUGCUUUUCCUUUGUCUAUCCAUAUAUCUUUGUUUGUUUGUAUCUCGCUUUCUGUCUCACUUUCGCUCUCAUAAGAGAACUUUUUGUCAGUAAAAGUCAGUAUUCCUUAGUGCAACACUUUGCAGAGGUACUGAUAAGCAGGCGUCUUGUAGUACUCCUGAACGUAGAUAUGUUGUGUCAGUAUUUAGUCCUUUGGGGUAACUGAACGGCACAGCAAUUUAAAAGCGUCAAUGAUCCAAAGCGUGAGAUUGGCCUGAGGCGAAAUGCACAACUUGCUGUCUGCUUAAAAAGGGUUUAUCCAUUUAAGUCCAUCUUCGUGUCCAGCCUACUGUAUAGGCAAAGAGCGUGUCGAUAAGUCUUGCAAGUGUUUGUCUCCUACUGAGACUGAAUAAACGAAUAGUGUGUAACAACAUGUAAUACAUAGAUAUGGGGACGUCAGUAUGUUUGUUUGAUGACCUUUGACCUGUACCCGCUAUCCCUGCAGGAGUACCCAGGACAUACAGCAUGCAGAUAAUUGAAACCAAAUUAAAAACAAAGUAAAACAAAGACUGAAAAAAGCAAAGAUUACUCAAGGAAAUUUAGAUAAAUCAUUCCAUAAUAACAAUGGUACAUUACCAAACUUUGUCUCUUAAUGGGAUAGUUUACCCAAAAAUAAUAAUUCUGUCAUUUGUUCAACCUUAUGUUUUUUCAAACCUGCAUAGCUGACUUUCUUCCUUGGGACACAAAAGAUGGCAUCAGUUACCUUUCACUUUUAUUUGCAUAGAAAAAGAUGAAAUGAAAGUGAAACGUUUGUAUUCCGGGGUGGAAAGAAAGUCAUACAGGAUUAAAAUAACUUGUGGAUGAGUAAAUGAUGACCGAAUGUUAAUUUUUGGGUGAACUAUCCCUUUAAGACAAGUGUAGAACACCAUUGUUUGAAUGCAUGUAUGGACCCUGUGCAUGUUUUUAACUGACUGUGGCAUCACAAUAGUGAUCCUGUUUAUGUCAGUUCAGUGUCUUCUUUGACCCCCAAAGCCCUUUUCUGUUGAAGAACUAAUGCAGAUUGUGAAUCUGAAAAGGAACGAUAGUAUAUGUUGUGGGUCUUGAAAGCAAUUGGAGUAGUUUCACUGUAACAUGCAUAUAUUUCCCACAUUACUUUCCGCACUCAAGCUUAAAAAAUCUAAAUGGAAAUAUUUAAUAUAUUUUUAGAGAAUUAUUUUUAUUUCUUCCUCAAUGUGCUAUGGCAUGCUUUCCCAUAAUCCACUUGAGUACGGUAUUAAAUAAGUGAGUAGCAGGUAGAUUUCAACAGAAAUUAAAAAUCUACAAAAAAAAGAUUGUACAAGAAAUCGCCAUACACACACACACAAAACAAUGUAAUACUGCUGUAUAGAAGUUGAAUUAGCCUGCACAUUUUUUAGGGCUGUGAAAUUUUAUUUUAUUUUUUGAGACUUGCAUAUAAUUGUACAUAUUUUUUCUCUCUCUGUUUUCUUUUAUUUCCCCACUGCAAUAGAGAGUCUAGACAAAGAAGUACUCCAAAUCAGUAUAAAUACAAAAACAAACAAAAAACACAUAACCAAUUAUGUUAAUUGUGUCUUGUGUGCUGCAGAGCUGUGGAUAUGAGUAUUGAAGUAGUUUUUUUUUUUUAGUUUUUUUAUUAAUAUUAUUAAUUAUUAAUUUCCUUUAAAGAAACACUGAACUGUUUGUCUAUAUGUAUAUAAUGGAUUCACUUUGUUGGUCUCUACCUCUUGAGCUCAAUGACUUGGUUGUUUACCUCCACGCUUUUAUUUUUAUGUGGAGAUUUAAAACUUGAAUGUCCCUUCCGACUUUUAUAUUCCUAUCAAACCCUGUAUAAAGAAAUCAAAGUCAUUAAAAUUGCAAUUGGUUGGAGUUGAUUUCCAUCAUCAUAUCCUUGUAUAAACUACCAUGUUUUCACCCCAGUGUUUUCUGACUGUUAGAUCACAAAGCAUAUUUGUCCUUGGAGACAAGUCAAGUCACAAUGAUUAACAUAGUAUACUUCACAGAGAAAAGUUGAACGACAGAAAAGUACAAUUACGUGGCAAUGCUAGAACACAAGAAGCGAUAAUGUGUGGAUUCAAAGAGAGCAAGCUCGAUCGGGCCAAACCGGAAAGGUACUAGCUUAGCUGUCGAGUUUUUAUAAGAAGUUUGAAGUUUAUACUCAGAGUUAAUGGUAUUUGAAUACAUUUUAUGACAUAUAUGACUAUAAUAUAAAGUUUGCAUUCGAUGACCUGAAAGCAAAGGAGGUGAUUCUUAGGGACUGGAAAGGACUCUGUGGAUGUGUUCUGUGUUUGAAAAAUCACCGGUCUUGUUUCAGAGUGUAGAUUUGAAGUAUAGUGGUGAAGCUCAUUAAAUGUUGACAUUUAAAACAAA